AGGCUCUUGAUUUCUUUUGAGGUCUCGCUUGUAGCAACCGGAUAAUACGUCGAGGAUGCCUUUAAACAACCUGCUGAUCUUGCAGAGGUAAGUAGCCAUUCCGCUGUAAAUGGACCUUCGGAGGCUCGCUUGAAGGAAGUGCCUAAGCAAGGGGCCCUAUGGCAAUGGAACAUUGAUCUGACCGCUUGAACAGGACUUGGAUGACUAUAGUCAGUACUGGUAGUAGUUCCUUCCAUGUCGCAGGCGUCGCACAUCUACCGCAGCAUGAAGCACAUAUUGGCGGUUUUUUCGGUUAUAUUUUGUUUUUCUUCCUGGCUAGAACUCCCUUAUCCCUACUCUUCAUCCUAUAUGUUUUUCUACCAGUGGACAGCAAAGGAAACGGGGAGGCAAUGACAACAUGGAUGGAAUCGCGUGCCUACG